CUGGAACCAGAACCGCGAACGCAACCGCCACCACCGCUCCCACCGCCAUCGCCAUCCCCUCCUCCCACUAAAACAUCGACAAAUACCGCAAAAGAACACGCCCACCUCCCAACAACCCACACAGCCCAGAACGCCCUCCUCCUACAAUGGCGCCGUCAAGGCAUCUCCUACAAGACAAUCCGCACGCGUCUUAACCUCACUGAAGCGGAGAGCACUCUCCGUGGCCGAAUGCGCACACUGACGAAACCAAAAUGUGAGCGACUGCGCCGGCCACCAUGGCUACAGGAGGAUGUGAAUUUUCUAAUCAGGGCUGUAGAAGGGGAAAGGGGAGACGGGAAGGGAGGGAUCAAGUGGAAGAGGGUCAGCGAGGAAAUUUUGAGGCUUGGGGGGAGCUACAGAUUCGGACCUAGCACCUGCAAGAAACGGUACCUGGCGUUGGUGGGGGAGGGGGUUGCAUGCGGGUUGGACGGAGCGGAGGCAGGGAAUUUAGUGAGGCGAAGGAGGAGGAGGAAGGACGGCGGUUGUGCUGAGAGGAGUUGCAAAGGAGGGGGAAGGGGUGGUUAGGAGAUUGAUGGGAAGGCAGUAAAGAUAUUGAGUGAGGGGGAAUGCAUUUCAUGUUCUUAGCAAUUGGUAGUCAUAAUCUUUCCAACUCCCAC